GGUUAUGUCUUAUGACCUGGGGAUUUAGGCCAGAGUGGGCUGAGUCGUCCUUAUUUCUUUAUUAAAACUUAUUCUAUUCCAUAUGUAAGUGAGGUUCUAUAGCAUGGCACGCUGGUGACCUACAAUUUAUACCAGAGGCCGAUUGCUUUCUGCCAAAAAACGAUGAAUAAAAUGGCCAAAGGGCACAUAAUUACAAUCAAGCAAACUUAACCUUUUCACAUUCUUUUACGAAAAAAUGCACAUCCUAUUGUGUGUUACUGCUAUCAUAAAAACACUUUAAAUUUUUUGUUUAUUUGUUUUAUAUUCUUUACCUAUUAAACAUUAUAUAUAUUCGAUAUUAUGUGCUUUUAUUUAUUAUUGUAUAAAUAUUCAUACAAGCUGAAAGUUCAAUAAGUAGCGAUUACAAAGUUUCUAUUAUUCUGUUAUUGUACUUUCUGCAUAUUCAGCUAUCCAUACAAUACUGACAUUUGCAGAAAAUCAAUUUAACAGUUUGAUAACAGCUUUAAAAACUUGUAUUACCGUUGUAGUGUUAUGAUAAUAUAUUACUCAUAUAGUAAUAUUAAUACCUGUUUAAAAUAUGCAGGAAAAUGAAUUUCAAAAUAUUUAAAAAUAUUUCUAAUACUGCUUUAGUGCUAUUCAAUUGUACCAUACCUACUGCUAUAGCUCCAUUGUAGUAAAUAUACUGAUAUUAAUAUCUUUGCUUACAUUGUAGGCAGGAAAAUGAAAAUGAAUUUUAUAUUUUAUCUCGCCCUACUUGUUGUGCCAUGCUAUAGUUUGGUACAAGAGAUGUCUAAGCCCCAACCUGCAAUUUUACAUAAGAUACACUUUGUUGAUGAUGGAUACAAGCUUGUGUCAAUGUAUGCGUCAGAUGAGGGGAUGAAACUUCAUCAUAAAUUGCCGGAGAAUGUUCUUUCGGUGGCAACGUUUAAGUCAACUAUUAAUGAGAAUGGAUGGGCCAAACUCUCCAUAACCACCAACCCCACACAUAGCAACAAGAAGCAAGCUUAUGCUGCUGGUUAUUUAGAAGGAACUGCCACAAAGUCAAUGAUUGAGGACAACUGGUUCAACACCAUUGGAGACAUGUGCAACCCGAUGUCAACGUUUUGUUUAAAUUUGAAGAAGUUUCUGGAAUCGAACAUGGAAUUUAUGAUUUCUAUGAUUAAAAACAAUCCAGAUUCGCCAUAUUGGAAACAGGUUCGUAGUUGUGGUGUUAGUUGUAGGGAGAAGUGGUCAUAAUCAUAAUAUUAUGUU